AUGGCCUCACCAGAGGUCUCAAACCGCCGCGCGCGCCCGCAGAGCACGCCGCAGGCUUUGCCGCCGGGCCAGGCCGAGUCGGAACACGUAUCUCUCGACACGCGCACCGCUAAUACGCCUGAACCGGCCGGCCGCGGAAGGUACUCCAGCCUCCCGGCCCUGGCCAUUAAAACACUGCAGCAGGAGCUGGAAAACGUGGAAACAAUCGGCAACUGGCUCGAAAAGGUUUUUGCAGCCAAGCUCGAAAGCUUACAGGCCCCGGAGGACGCCGCGCUUAGGAGAAUUGUUCUCGAACUUGAUGAUGUGAUCAGCGGCUGGUUCCUCAGUCGCACCCUCCCUGAAAAAGAGCGUUCGCGCUCCCCGUCGCGUUCGCCGACCAGUUCCAACGAAAGGCGCAGCAUCUUAAUUACAAGGACGGGCACGGCGUCGUCGGCCUCCAAAGACAAAGGCACGCCCACUAACAAAUCGGUCAUAUGGGCCGAACGAGCCGCCACGCCACCAGCGGCGGCCCCAACGCGAAUUUUAACCCCGGCCACGCGCUCGUACCCGAUACGUACGACGCCCGGCAAUGCACCUAACAGCUCCGCAGCUCCCUCCCAAUCGGGCCGGGACCGCCCCCAAGCCCCGAAACGUUUGACAAAACAGCCGGCCAACCGGAUCCUAAUCCGCGUAAAUAACAAAUUGCGGAUGGUAACGAGGGAGCCAUACGCGGUAACCACCAAAUUGGCCGAAUUGGUCUCGGUGCCACACAGUGAAAUCCCAAACGCCAAACGUACCCCCACGGGCUGGGGUAUUACGGUGGCCUUUAAGGAAAUACGGCAAAAACUCUUCAACCCCAACGCAGUCAAGGCCAUUAUAGACGUAUUGGACGCGCGGGAAAUCACUGUCCCGACAACCUGGCACACAUACGCCGUCUCUGGAAUGCCCCGAACGCUCAAUUGCCUGGACGGAAAAAAGGACGUACAUAAUGUAAUCCAGGAGGAGAUUACCGUGGCAAUAGGCCAGUAG